AUGGCAAUGAGGGGAAUUUCGAACUACUUCAAAUCCUCCAGCUUUUAGAAGUCACCCAGGUUGACUUAAGUAGAUAAACAUAUAUGUCUUAUAGGCGAUGUUACAUUGCUAGACAUCCACUCAAUGAAGACAGUGGGAUUUGAUACAAAUCAGAAGGCCAUUUUAAUAAAGAAUGAGUCCCUUUAUUAAAUAAGAUACCCAUCAGUUGAGAUAGUGUAUUACUAGACCGAUCAGCCAUGUUCUUUCGUGAGAGUGAUCUAAAAAGAUGCAGUGCUGCUAGCGAAUGGCAAACGAUUCUGGAUUGCCAAGCAAUAGAAUUACUACUAGGUUGACAGUUAAAUCUUAGAUAUUGAUAUAUACGAACAAAAGAUAUUGAUCCUCACAAAGAACAAUGUCCAUAUCUAUUAUUACGAUGGAUUUGUAUGUGACUUUAAUACAGUCAUAAAUCAAACAGUAUUAACAUCUCUGUUGCCUCAAACAGACAAAUCAUUCGAAAUCAUUAAUGCCAAAUUGGCACUAAAAGACCAAGUGGUUCUUUUGGAUAAGUAAUUAGGAGUCAUCAUAUUAGAGAGUAUUGAUUUAGAUCAUUUUUCAUUGGUACAUCAUCAUAAUUACACCUACUUCUCCACUUACUAUUCGAUGAGCUUGAUGUUUGAAGAUUUGUCCUAUUAAAUUAUAGUUUCAACAAUUCAGAAUUCUAUCUACGUACUUUCAUUGGAAGAAAUCGAUUAUUACUUUUGGCUUAAUGGAGCAUUGAACCUAUCCUAAUUCAAUAUGUCUGGACUCAGAGUAAAUAGAGAACAGAAAUACAUUUGUCUAUACAACUCCACUUUUAUCAGCAUCUACUAAAUUUCAAACAUGCAAAGAAUGUAUUCAAAAUUAUUUGAAACCCCAAUAUUGUUUGACUUCAGCUACUAGCAAUCAAUAAUCUAUCUGGUCACUCAAACUACUCAACAAGUGUAUUACGCCUCCACUGCAAUGCUCAUCAUGAAACCCUUUACUCAACCUUCGAAUGAUUUCCAAAGAUUGCAAGUGAUUGGCACAGAGGAAUCACAAUGUGCCAUCACAUUCAACUACAUCAUUUACGAUUAUUUAGAUAACAAUCUGUAUCAGAAAACCAAUGUGAUCAAUCAGAUCAAGCCAUUUGUCAAUUAUCCAACCUAUCCCUAGGCAUCUAUUUUCAAGGAAUUAGGAGUGACAGGAUCCAACAUCAAUGCUAAAAUAUAAUUGAAUGAUCAAAGCAUUUCAUUGAAGUUGGGAUACUUAGAGGACAUGAAAAUUACUGGCAUCAUCUGGCCUGAAAACAUGUUGUUUAUUAGUAUGUUUUCCAGUUGGAAUUAUGCUUAUUACGUGAUUUAAGUGCAAAGCUUUAAAGCCACUCUAUACCAAUGCUAAAUAUUCAUACUCUUAUAUGAAUUAAGAUGUUAAAAAGUUCAUGAUUUCAGUCCGAACAGAGAAUUAGAUAAUGAUUCUUUUUAAUGGAUUGAAAAAGACGUAGUCAUCUUUGGGUAUAUAUCUAAAUUCAGACACACGAUUGAGAUCUUUUAAUUAAAAUAAUCUAUAGUCACAAAGUUAUUUGUAAUUUCUACAAGUUUGAAGGAUGAAAAUUCAUUGAUCAAUUCCUUUUGUCUCACGGAAUUUUACAUAUAUGUGGUCCUAGAAAAAAAGGGAGAAAUCCAAAUAUAUUCCUUAUAAAAUUAAGAAUUUGUCUACUCAAUCACAUCAUAGGAUGUUCAACCGUACGAAUUGAAGCCUAAAUUUGUGAGAGUGGACAAGAAGCAGAAUAUGAUAAUCAUCGCUAAUUAAGAUUCUCUGAUCGCUGGAUUUAUGUAUGAUAUCUUUAAUAUGGUGAAUUACUUUUCCUUUCCAGAAUGUCGAUAGAUAGAGGUGAGUUUGACAAGUUACUCAUUUUUUGUAGCAUUACAUUACGGUCAUCAAUAGGAGCUGAGAGAGUACAGUAUGAGGAGAAGAUAGGUGUCCUUCUUGAAGAAGAUUCCACUAUUCCAUUACAUAUUGUAAACACCAUUGUAGAUGAUGUCAUCCUUCGAUUAAAUCAUAGUAAGAGCGUACACCCCAGUUCUCUAAUAGACAGUCUUAUUAGUAUAUUAACCGGAUGUUAAUCUAAGAGAAUCCCUUUUAACUCACAUUCCUUUAGGAUGGUAUUUGAAGGACACUCUAAGAUUGGGAAUUGCAAAGAUGUACACUUAUGGUUUAUCGAUACAUGCAAGUUCAAAGUUUGGAAUAAAGAACCUAUUAAUUUAUAGGAAUUUUCAAGCGGUGAUAUCAUCAUAAUGGAAUGAUGAAUACAUUCACAAGAAGGAAAUAGUAAUUCAAUAUGAUUCUAUUGAUUCACCGGAGCAAAUAGAAUUUAAAUAGAAUGUAACAUUUUUGAAUUUGAUGACAAAUAUAGUUGCAGUGGUGAGCAAUGAAAGUCUGGUGGUCAAUCAGGCUACGAUGAAAAUAUAGAAUGGGUGGUUUAAAGGACAGAUAAUUAAAUAUUAAGUAGAAUGUUAACAAUGCUAAGAUUAAAUCUUGCUUACUCAAAAGAUUGAUAUAAUUCAGAGUCUAGAGUAUUAUUCUAAUUUGUUGGGUGAAUGUAAAUUGGAUGACGAUUACUUUGUAUUUUUGACCCCAAAUCAAUUGAUAUUUUUGGAUUCGAUGCAUUAUGUCAAGCAUCCCUCCUUCUACUUCAAUUUAGACCUAUAAUAUUAAAUUGGUAAGAUUUGGUGUAAGAAAGAUACAAUACUAAUAACUGGUUAGACCAACACAUUGUAAGGAUUUGUCUAGUUGAUAAAAUUCUAAGACAAACAAUAUCAAAUGAUCGGAGAACCCUUCUAAUUUAAGUUGAGUUAUCAGCUUAUCUAAUUGGAGUUGCUGGAUGAUGGUAACUUUCUGAUUUUGGAUGGGUAUCAAAUAAUUGGAGGGUAUAUGUAUUACACUUCUAGACUUUGUGCUUACCAUUAUGAAUUUACUCCACCAAAAUCAGUCUCAUAUACUUACACACCUUGUGUGGACUAACGGAAAUUCGGUGAAUUUUUUGCAUCCAGUUUCAUAGCAUACAAGGUUAAUAACAAAUAUAGAGUAUUCUUGAGUGAUUUAUCAUAAGGGUUAUUCAUCUAAGAUUUCCAUUACAUCGACAGUUCAAUCAAAUGCAUAACAGCAGAUGAGGCUCUCUACAGAGUGUCUCUGAGGCAACCAAUAGAAUAGAUGAUGGGACUGAAUAUUGACGAUGAAGUUCGAUAUCUUCAGGUGAUUAAGAAUGGAGACCCCUAAAACAACUUCCAGAUAUUCAAAAUAAUUCUCUUGACAAACUCAAUAGCUCAUUUAUCUCUGGUCUUGUACUUCGAAGACAAUGUCUAUCAGAAACUCUACAUCGAUGAAAUGAUCCAAAGAUACUCCGAUUUCGAUGUGUUCUACUAGGCUUCCAUGGAAAAAGACUACCUGGCCUUGGCUUAUCAGGCCAAUUCCUACACCAUCUGCAUCUAUAAACUAGGUUAGAAACAGUAGCCUAUAUUGAUGAUAGGAGGAGUUGAAACCUAAUAGUCUUAUCCAAACCAAUUUUUCUCUCUUCACACCGACGAGAAUGGGUAGACUCUGUUACAUAUGAACAAAGAGAGCAGGAAACUGAAUCUUUACAUCGUGGAUGAAUUUGCUACUCUCUCCUUUCUUGGCAAUGCUACAGAACAACCAAUCACUCUGACUGCCAUCAAUCAACUUACUUCAGCCUCUAUCAUUCUGAAUGUUCAAAUGAGCACAGUCAACCCUACUAAUUUGUAAGUGUUUAAUUAUCUACACUAGAUAUUGGGUGUUGUUGACCAUCUUGUUCUGUGUUCUGUUUUUGUUGUCCCUCCUAGCACUCAUAGUUUAUUAGAAGAAUAAGAGAUCGAGAAACAAACUUUAAUCAUAAACCAAAAGGAACAAAGGUGA